AAUUUAAGGAACGAAAGAAAUUCAAUUCUUAUCAUUUUGGAUAUUGCUAUCAUAUUGCUGCAACUAUGUCACUGUUCCAUUGAUAUUCAAAUGUACUUUGGUCAUUAGACAGUUGGACAAGAUGCACUCUGUGGUAUCUCGGGAGCAGGCGCCCUCCAUGGCAACUGAGGACAUGUUUACUUCCGAAAAGAAUUCCUCCUCCACUGCAGGUGGAAAAGCUAUUGCAAUUCCGGGGGAGAUUCGCGGUUUAUAUGAAGCUUGGAAACUGGGCGGUCGUUUACCAUGGAAACAGCUAAUUCAGCCAACAAUAAAGCUUUGUAGAGAUGGUUUCCGUGUAAGCAAAGCAUUGAGGGAAGCCAUGGUUUUCGAAAAAGAUUUUGCGGAUGAAUUCCCUGGAUUUAAACAACUGAUCACGAAUCCAUCCACGGGUGCAUUGUAUAUAGAAGGCGAAAUUAUGAAACUUCCAAAAUUGGCUCGAAUAUUCGAGCUUAUCGCAGACAAAGGACCACACUCGUUUUAUAAUGGAACAUUAGCAGACGACAUAGUAGCAGACAUACAGGAGGCGGGCGGUAUAAUCACGAAAGACGAUUUGGCCAACUAUACGUCACUGGUUGAAGACGCGUUACAUUUUCAUCUACAUGACAACAAUACCGUAUACUCGCCACCUCUUCCAUCAAGUGGAGCCGUGUACCUGUUCAUAUUGAACAUCCUCAAAGAUUACAACUUUACUGCGGAUAGCGUAUCAAACGUUGCCAAGGCGACCACCACAUGGCACCGUGUGACAGAAGCAAUGAAGCAUGCUUAUUCAUUGCGAACAAACCUUGGUGACAGCACCGUUGGCUCGGAUGCAUUCAGGACGUAUGUUACAAAGCUUGUGCAGAACAUGACUGAUCCUUCAUUUGGCUUCACCCACAAGCAACAGAUCGAUGAUUCGCGAACGUUCGGUUCGGACUACUACAAACCAAUAUUUCACAGCGCCUGGGAGGAUCACGGCACCGCCCACCUGUCCGUCAUUGGGCCAAACGGAGACGCAGUGUCCAUAACAAGCACAACCAACCUGCGCUUUGGUUCCAAAGUGAUCGGCAGUCGAACGGGAAUCAUAUUCAACAACGAAAUGGACGAUUUCUCUACUCCGGGGACAGUGAACUAUUUCGGGGUACCGGCUUCUAAGGCGAAUUUUAUAGCUCCUUGGAAGCGUCCCAUGUCGUCCAUGUGUCCAAGCAUUGUAGUUGAUGGAGACGGUAAUGUGAGACUGGUCAUCGGAGCUGCAGGUGGUACAAGAAUUACAACUACAACAGCUUUGGUGACGAUUGAGACACUACAGUUUAAAUGGGGAAUGAAAGAAUCUAUAGACUAUCCGAGGAUUCAUCACCAGUUGUUUCCCGAUUAUAUUCGAAUCCAAGAAGGAUUUCCACAGAUCGUGCUAGAUGGUCUGAGAGCUCUCGGCCACAACGUGUCUGUUGUUGCGAGCGCGAGUAGCACAUGUCAGGGAGUCUUGCGUCAGGGAGACUACAUCAUGGCGAAUUCCGACUACAGGAAAUAUGGCGAACCCGAUGGAUAUUAGCUAUUAUAGCAUAAACAGAUUGGUGUUUACCUCGUGUUAAAUACCAGGACAAAUAAAAUGUUCAUUUUCUUAAUUUUGCUUGCAACUUUAUAAUAAUGAAUCUCGUAUUAUGAUUAAUACGUGUUAAAAUUAAUAUUGCAUUGUUAAUUCACGCGUUUCUUAAAACACAAGUAUAGGUAUUAAAAUCGAAUAAUUGUUUGAUGUGUGACGAGCCUUUAUAUAUCUCAACAAGAAGCGUCUUAGGUUUUACCUGCAAAAUCUUGAUAUGAACUUAAGACAACAAUACAACAAUAGUCGUUCUAAUGCUACGUAUAAAAUGUAAGUAUUCAAACGCAAAGAUACGCGUAGGAAGACAGAAACGAAAUACUCUUCUUUACUGUACAGGCUAGAAUGAAAAUCCAUCUCACACGUUUUCAUGUAUGUCGUUGUUAUAUCUGACUAUUGGCACACCCUCCUUUUAACAUAUUAUUUAGCAUCAAAUCUGAACAUGAGUUUAUGUUAAAUGUUGAAAUAAAAUUCUGAUGUAGAUAUAUAGUAAAUAUAUUAUACAUUCUGAUUGUAGAAAUUACAACGGUUGUUGUUUUCAUUUACUAAUAUUCUCAUUAUAAAAGAGAAAUAUUUCAUUAAUUA